AUGUCCGCCGCAUCUUCACGCUCGCAGUCUCCCACUGCAACGUCUAGACACGCGUCCAGGUCUUUUGGAAGACCUCCAUCUCCCCAUUCGUCAAGGCUGGAAGAUUGGGAGAUUGUGGAAACGCUAGGAACAGGAACAUUCGGCCGUGUGCUAUUGGUCAGACAACGUCCAACUUAUCGCCCCACGUCGUAUCAUCCCAUCUUCCCUCAUCUCUACCAAACGCUUGAUCCUCACACGCCAUCGCCUUCGUCUACCUCUCAUGCGGACGGUCAACUCCCUCACUUUGCCAUGAAGGUGUUGAAGAAAUCCGAGAUUGUCCGCCUGAAGCAAGUCGAACAUAUAACUUCGGAACGACGCAUUCUCGAAGCUAUACGGCAUCCAUUCAUCGUCGAACUGCACACGACCUAUCAGGAUGAGAUCAACGUCUACAUGCUUCUAUCCUACGUCCCAGGAGGUGAACUUUUCUCACACCUCCGACGCGCGGGACGGUUCUCCGCCGACGUCACGCGAUUCUACCUCGCUUCCAUUGUCCUUGCCAUCGAAUACCUUCACUCGCACGAUAUCAUCUAUCGUGAUCUCAAACCAGAGAAUCUGCUCCUCGACAGAGUCGGAUACCUUCGCAUCACCGAUUUUGGAUUCGCCAAAAUCGUUGAGGAUCGCACGUACACUCUGUGCGGAACACCCGAAUACCUCGCACCGGAAAUCGUCCUUUCUCACGGACAUGGGAAAGCUGUCGACUGGUGGGCUCUCGGUAUCUUGGCUUUUGAGAUGCUCGCCGGUUACCCUCCAUUCUUUGACGAUCAUCCAUUGGGCAUCUAUGAAAAGAUUCUCCGCAACGAAGUGGCUUUCCCGAGUCAUAUUGAUCCCUACGCCAAGGAUCUCAUAAGAGGGCUGUUGACUGCCGAUAGAAGUAAACGUCUAGGCAAUCUCAGAGGAGGUGGCAGAGAUGUCAUGAAACAUGCUUGGUUUGCAGGCGUAGACUGGGGUACUUUGGAGAGGAAGGAGAUUGGUGCGCCAAUCGUCCCUCGAGUCGCCAGCAUGGGCGAUUCUCAGAACUUUCAACGAUACCCUCCGCCUCGACCGUCCGAGUUGCCGGGAAUCUUUGGACAACCCUAUGAUUCCACAAAAGAUCAAGCUUAUGGCAAUAUAUUUGCUUCUUUUUCGUUCCCCAGUACAGGGUCUCUGGCCAGGGAUGACUUUUGA